CGGUGGAGGCCGGAGACCCGGGUACACACGGUCGUCCACCUGUACCGUAACGGCCACGCGGUGACGGAGGACGAGGACGAGGCGUACAAGGGCCGCACGCAGCUCUUCAGCGAGCAGCUGGCCGUUGGCAACGUCUCGCUGCGGCUGGCCGGCGUGCGCUUGGCCGACGAGGGCGACUACCUGUGCAUGGUGGAGCACGAGAGGACCAUCGAGCAAGCAGCAGUCCCGCUGAAGGUCACCAGUUUGGGGACGCGUCCCACGCUCCGGUUGGAAGGUUACCACGACGACGGGAUCCUGGUGCAGUGCAACUCCACGGGUUGGUUCCCCCUGCCCACCCUGCUCUGGACGGUCCAGGGACGCAAGGAUGGUCUAGACGGCUCUGGCACACGGACCGCCAGGGAUGCCGACGGCUUCUACCGUAUCUCCAGCUCGGUGGAGGUGCGGCAAGGGCUGGCGGCCGUCUCGUGCCAGGUGCGGGCACCACUGCUGACGGAACUCCAAGUAUCCCGGAUCCACAUCCCAGAUGAAUUCUUCCCCAGAGUUUCCAAGUACUUCAGUGCUUUCAUGGUGUUCCUGGUCUUUCUGCUCAUCGUGCUGUUCGGUGGCAGCAUUUAUUACUACUGGAAGCGGAAGAAAACCAAGGAGUUGUACAAACGGCCGACACUGGAGAAACACAAGACGAUAUGCGACGCUGUAGAUGAAUUGGAGCUUUUUACAGAGCUGGAGAGGACUUUGUGUACUGAAGUUUCCUGCUGCGGCUUCGCUUGGGACGGAGUGACUCAGAUCCGCGCCCAGCCACGGGGAGUUUCCCAGCGCAGGGGCUGGUGGCAUCACACGGAGAGACUCGAUCUGACAGGGUCGUGGACAGGAGCAGCAGUCAGAGAGCACGGUCGUCCACCUGUAUACCGUAACGGCCACGCGGUGACGGAGGACGAGGACGAGGCGUACAAGGGCCGCACGCAGCUCUUCAGCGAGCAGCUGGCCGUUGGCAACGUCUCGCUGCGGCUGGCCGGCGUGCGCUUGGCCGACGAGGGCGACUACCUGUGCAUGGUGGAGCACGAGAGGACCAUCGAGCAAGCAGCAGUCCCGCUGAAGGUCACCAGUUUGGGGGCGCGUCCCACGCUCCGGUUGGAAGGUUACCACGACGACGGGAUCCUGGUGCAGUGCAACUCCACGGGUUGGUUCCCCCUGCCCACCCUGCUCUGGACGGUCCAGGGACGCAAGGAUGGGCUAGACGGCUCUGGCACACGGACCGCCAGGGAUGCCGACGGCUUCUACCGUAUCUCCAGCUCGGUGGAGGUGCGGCAAGGGCUGGCGGCCGUCUGGUGCCAGGUGCGGGCACCACUGCUGACGGAACUCCAAGUAUCCCGGAUCCACAUCCCAGAUGAAUUCUUCCCCAGAGUUUCCAAGUACUUCAGUGCUUUCAUGGUGUUCCUGGUCUUUCUGCUCAUCGUGCUGUUCGGUGGCAGCAUUUAUUACUACUGGAAGCGGAAGAAAACCAAGGAGUUGUACAAACGGCCCACACUGGAGAAACACAAGACGAUAUGCGACGCUGUAGGUAAGAAAGUUACAUUCUAUCUGCUUCAGAUCUUGCGUCAAGGAAUACUUGGUCAAAUGAAUGAGUUGAUGUUGAUGUGAAUGGUCCAUUCUGUGUGAUAGGGGAGGUGCUAACACAGUGCGGUGAUCAAUGAGGGGUGGUCUACUCUAGGGGGCAUGAAGGGCCCCACCC